AUGCCGUCGAGUCCUCAGCAACAACAUCUCCAGCACCAGCCAUUUUCUGGACAUCAACAAGGAUUUUCCGCGAGACCUCCACAGCCCACCACUCCAAAUGCACACACGCCAGAAGCGGCAGAUCUUAGCGCAGGCAACAGCAACGACAGUUCUGGCGGCAAUAUGCGACCCAUACCGUCGCCUACUGGAUCUACAGGAUCCAGAUCCAUGUCGCCCGCUGUCAGUCAAAAUAUUCCUAUGUCGCCGCGUCCAUCUGGAACGCAACCAGACAAGUUAAGCCAUUCGCCGAUGCCUCCUAAUCCUGGAGGUUAUCCGCCUCCGCAUUACAAGGGCAUGGUACCUCCUCAAAAUUCGCAACAAAUGCCAUUUUACCCGCCUCAAGGCCAGUAUCCGGGUCAGCAAAGCUACGCCCCUCGGCCGCCUGGCAAUUUUGGUCCACCGCCCAAUCAACAGCAGCAGCAGCAAUACGGCCCUCCCAGUACCAAUAUGAGACCGACGCACUACCUCAAACACCACCUGCAACAUCGGAUGGGGUUCGUUGCGCCCGGGGCGACACCCCCCAGUCCACAAAACUAUCACAUGUGGCCUCCGUCGCCCAACAAUCACUUGCAUGAAAAUUCCAUGCCGCCUCCCAGUUCGACCCCAAACUCUUACGCUCCAGUAAUGAACGAAAUGCUUGAUAAUGGCGUAACAACUAUGCCUCAAAUGAAUACUCAAGUGACUGCCACUUCAACUGGUUCAGUUACUUCCGUUGUUACUACAGGCCCUGAUGGGGCGCCUAUCGAUGAAGGCUCUCAGCAAUCUACGCUGUCCAGUGCAUCUGGAGAAGAUCCUGCUUGUCCACAAACACCAAAAUCCAAGGGGCAUUACAGCCACCAACACGAUGAUUAUGGCGAAAUGAAUAGUCCUGGUUGGCAGCGCGCUGCACCUGCCAGUCCUGCAUUUAAUCGCCACGUACCUCCGCAAGAAAAUUUUCGUUCAAAAAAGGCAGACAGUUUGGGAAAACUGUACGAAAUGGACGAUAAUCCUGAUAGAAGACCUUGGCUGGACCGACUUUUACAAUUCAUGGAAGAUAGACGUACCCCAAUAACAACUUGUCCCACUAUAUCCAAAAACCCUUUGGAUUUAUUUCGCUUGUAUAUAUUUACCAAGGAACGCGGCGGCUUUGUGGAAGUCACUAAAGCUAAAACCUGGAAAGAUAUCGCUGGUAUGUUAGGUAUCGGGGCUUCGUCCAGUGCGGCGUAUACUCUCAGGAAACAUUACACAAAAAGCGUAUUACCGUUCGAGUGUCAAUUCGAUAGAGGCGGCAUCGAUCCUCAACCUAUAAUCAACCAAGUGGAGUCGACCAGUAAAAAAAAGAGCGCUAAAGCUGCUUCAGUCCCUUCACCUGGCUCUUCUAACUCUCAAGACUCUUAUAUGCCCAGUGGGAGUUCUAUGGAGAAUUACAACGCAUUUAACGAAUAUCCUCCUCAAUCUAAUGCUGAUUAUCCGCCGAGGCCUUCUUCAAGGUCGGCACCUUCACCACACGCACCCCACUUGAAUACUGUGCCUCCUGGAAGUUCAAGCCCUGCCGCACCUGAUAAUGUUAACGUAAGCGUGUCAAAUCCCUUUGAUGACAACGCUCCAAGUCCAAGGCCAAAUGUUUUUCCUGGCCCUCCCAAUCAGUCUUAUCCCGCGAAUUAUCCACCGCCACCUGUGAGGCCUGCUUCGCCUUACUCAGGAGAUUCUUCUUCUUCUAGCCAACCAUACGUUCAGGCGCCUCCUCAAACACCUCAAGAGGCUUAUAAUCGCUACAAUAACGCCCCUAGGCCUCCAUACAACCCACCUCCUCAGCCACAGGCAAAUCCAAAUGCCCCACCACCUGCUCAAACGAACGGCGCCUAUCCAGAUUAUUACAGGCCCGAAAACGCUGCUCCGGCAAAUUACCCUCCUCCAGUAUCUCCCAAUAAAAACAUGCCCCCACCUCCUGGACCUCCGGUGCCGCAGCCUCAGCGAAGACAUCCUGAUUUUUCAAAGGAACAACCUUAUCCUUACGGUGCCACACCCCCUCCGCCACAACAACAACAACCACCAAGGCCUCCUAUGCCUUACGGAGGUUACAACACUAAUAAUAAUCAGUACAGGCCUCCGCAAUUUCCGAGUAAUAAUCAGGCUCCGCCGCAACAAUGGAGUCAACCUAGACCUCCUUGGCCUCCAAACAAUCAGCCGUAUCCUCCUCAAAAUCAAUGGCCUAAUCAAGUGCCUCCCAGGCCGUUGUAUAGGCCACCACCUGUUGUUGCACCUAAAGGCCCUAAUCCACCACCAAUGGGAAACUACGGCCCGCGAAGGGAAGUUAUUUUCCCGCCCGAUUGCGUCGAAAGUGUUACGCCUAUUUUGUAUAAAAGAAAGCGCUUGUCCAGGUUUGAUCUCGGUCCAGUGGACGCUUGGCGAUUGAUUAUGUGUUUGAGGUCUGGAUUAUUAACUGAAACCACUUACGCUUUGGAUAUGCUGAACGUGCUUUUGUUUGAUGAUUCUUCGGUUGGGUUUUUCGGAAUGAAUCAGUGGCCAGGGUUGUUGGACUUGAUUUUGGAGCUGGGCAAGAAAAAUUUGGCUGACAUGUUUGAUGGGGUUUAUCCAAGAGAUGUUUUGCCUGAAAAUAAAGAAGUGGAUUUAGGCAGUGUAGAACCAAUAGAUGUUAAUUUAAAGACUUUAUUGUUAAGUAAAACUAAGGAUUAUUCUUUGGUGUCCCGCAAAGGGGCUUUAGUGAAAUUUGUUGAAAAACCUGAUGCAUUAUUUGUGGAGGAUUACGUUAGAGAUUGGGAUGUUCGUGGUGAUGUAAAUCGGGCUAAUAUUUUGGCUGAAAUACCUUCUGAUCCUUUUCAUACUAGUGCUGAGCAUAUUAUACCAAACUUUCAGGCAGAGUUUGGCCGAAUACCGUUUUUUACAAACUUACGUAGUAGAAAAGUAGGGCUCGAAUCAAUUAGUGAUAAUAAUAGGAUAUUAAUAAUUAAAAAAGAAGUGGUUAAGACUGAAGUAAAUAGCGAGGAAGUAACCUCAAAUAAUCUAGAUCUGAAUAGUAGUAUUGAUAAGUUAAAGGAGGAGAAAAUUAUUGCUUCUAGUAAAAAACGGCGGCUUUCGGAUCACGAAGAUGAGUCUUAUAGCAGAGACGAAGCUAGUUUAGUUCAUUUAAAUGAAAGCCAAGACAAUUUAGGCAAAAGAUGUGUUUGCAUAACAAACAUUAUUAGAAGUCUCACAUUUAUUCCCGGUAAUGAACUGGAAUUUGCCAAAAGUAUUAGUUUUUUAGCGCUAGUAGGUAAAUUAUUGCUGCUACACCACGAACAUCCUCUCAGAACGCAAAAAAUUCGAAAUUACGAUAGGGAAGACGAUGCCGACUUUGCAGAUUCGUGUAGCAGUUUGCAAGGCGAGAAUGAAUGGUGGUGGGAGUUUCUUUUGCAAAUUAGAGAAAAUGUAUUGGUUUGCAUUGCCAAUAUUGCUGGGUAUUUAGAUUUGUCUGUUUUUGAUGAAGAAAUCGCUAGGCCUUUGUUGGAUGGGCUACUGCAUUGGGCUGUCUGUCCUUCUGCGAUAGCUCAAGAUUCUUUUCCUUCUGUUGGGGCUUUAUCUUUGCUCUCACCUCAAAGACUCGCUUUGGAAACUCUAUGCAAACUUUGUGUUAACGAUAACAAUAUCGAUUUAGUAAUAGCCACACCUCCUUUUUCUCGUUUGGAAAAACUUUGUGCGGUCUUAGCGAAGCACUUGUGCCAAAUGGACGAUCAAGUUUUAAAAGAAUUCGCUAUUAAUCUUCUUUAUUAUUUAUCGGCGGCUGAUAGUGGGUUGGCACGAGUUUUGGCUUCACAAACUCCGUGCGUAUCCCUUUUGGUGGCAUUUAUCGAACAAGCCGAACAAAACGCUUUAGAAAUAGCCAAUCAACGCAGUAUUAAUGCUUUUAGAGAAAAUCCCGAUUCGAUGGGUACAAGUUUGGAUAUGGUCCGAAGAGCGGCAGCUACUUUGGUACAUUUGUCGAGGCAUCCCGAUAAUAAGGCCAUUUUAAUGCAGCAAGAAUCUAGAUUAUUGGCUUUGGUUAUGAGUCAAAUUUUGGAUCAGCUCAAUAUGGCAGAUACCGAUGACGUGGCGUUAAUUCCGCCACCCCCUGGAAUUUCUCCGCCCCCUCUGCCUCCGGACGACAAGCCCCCAUUGCCGCCAACACCCCCUCAACAAGAAAAAGCUCCAGAAAAUGUUCCUACUCCUCCAGAAAAUCCCCCAGCUUGGAAUCAAACCGCUUGGCCCUACUACAAUUCGUACGGUUUCAUGCCAAACUACGGUGGCGUGGAGAAUUUCUACUCCAACUGGACCGCUCCUUACUUUAACAACUCCAAAGUUCAACCCCCUUUGCCUGGUGCCAAUCAAAAUCCGCGUGCUAACUUUAGCAGUCCCUACGCCAACAAACCGAUAAGAUUUCACAUCAACGGUAAGCGUUUGCCAAAUCAGAAUGCCAUGAUGCAAGCGGGUUCUCCUAACAGCGGGGCUGCGAAAAAGAAACGCAAGAAGAACAGAAAUAACAAUCAAAAUCAGCAGCAGCAGCAACAGAAUCAUUUUAUUAAUCAAUUCAAUCAGAAUCAAUUUAGUACUCCACCGCCUCCUUUACCACCCCAAAAUGAUGUCAAUAACAUCCCCAAACCUGAACCUCCUCCGGAAAUUUUACCCCCUUUACCUCCAGAUUCAACCACUACUAAUAGCGAAAAUAAUUCAUCUCAUUUACUAGCUAUUGGUGCUCAGGCUACCAAUGAUUGGCCAGCAUCAUUACAGGAAUACGUUAACAAGUGUUAUGAGAAAUGUAAAACUACUUUCGAUAAAAAUCAGGUUGAAAUAAUUCUCAAAGGUAAAAUAACCCAAGCUUAUGCAGUUGGCCUAGACAAAAGAGAUUGGUCGAAAGAACCGAUACCCAAACUGUAUUCGGAAACGUCACAAUUUACAGGUCAGCCCAACAUCAAACAAGGAACGUUGGCUCAGUUUCAACAGGGAGGCAAAAAAGGCUUGUCUCCGGCUUUGGGGGCGCGUCUAGGGGGCAGAAAAGCUUUUCGCCAAGCAGCGCGAGACUCUAGUAGGUCGAAAUCGCGAAGCCCUAGAAGAGGGAGAAGCCCUAGAAAACAUAAACAUUCUAGUUCUAGCAGUGUUACUAGUGAAGAGGAUUUCAAGCCGGUUAUAAAGCCGCAGCCCCAACAGCAAAACAAAAAAGGUAAGCUAGCUAACAGGCUGGGGCCCCAGAAGCAGGGCAAGAAGGCGGCCAAAAAACAGAAGGUCAAAGAGAAGAAGGCGGCUUUUUAUCAGACUUUCGGACAGGAUGUGGAAGAGAAUUCUGAGUUGCUGCAACAGAGAGCUGCUAGAUUUACUCAAGCGUCAAAAUUCAUCUCCAUGGACAAUUCGACUGACCAGAACGGAUCGGACUUUGAUUGGUCCAGCAUGCACAUAAAAGGCACCUGUCGAGACGUUGAAAAAUCGUUUUUGCGCCUCACAAAAGCGCCCGAAGCCUGCGACGUUCGCCCCGUUGAAGUUUUACGUAUUUCCUUGGAAAACGUCAAAGAAAAGUGGCUACAAAAACAAGACUACUUUUACGCAUGCGAUCAGCUAAAGAGCAUUCGACAGGAUUUAACCGUUCAAGGUGUUAGAAAUGAGUUCACAGUACAAGUUUAUGAAACUCAUGCGCGUAUUGCUUUAGAAAAAGGCGAUCACGAAGAGUUUAAUCAGUGUCAGACCCAAUUGAAACAUUUAUACAGUGAAACAGGUGGUCAAAAUUGUAACGAGUUCACCGCCUAUAGAAUUUUGUAUUAUAUUUUUACCAAAAACACCUUGGACAUAAUGACCAUAUUGAAAUCAUUGUCCAAAGAAGAAAAGCUUGAUUCGGUGAUAUCGUUCGCGUUAAAAGUACGUUCGGCUUGGGGCGCAGGUAAUUUUCACAAAUUUUUCGCUCUGUACCACAUGGCACCGUUAAUGACCGGAUUUUUAAUGGAGUGGUUCGUUGAAAGGGAGCGUAAAGAAUACCUUAAGUGUAUUAUCAAAAGGUAGGUAAAAUUAUUCAAUGAGACGAUUUUUCUUUGUGGGAUUUCUUGUGCCCAUGUUUACUUUAACAACAACAGUUCUCUUUCAGUGAUUUUACACAUGUAUGUAUGUUGUUUUUAUUUUUAAUUGUAAAUGUGCCUUCAAUAAUUUCCUAGUUACCGAUGCAGGAUAUAUUGCAUUAAUUUGGUUGUUGAAUUGUUUGGGUUUUGUUUGUUACAUUGAUACUGGAUCAGAUGCUAUGAAGCAGGAAUUGUGAAUACCUAAAGACAGAAUUAUUUGCUGAAAAAGAUGAAAGAAGAAGAUGCAAUUUAAAAAAUCAUCAGCGAAUUUGCCAAAUUUGUUUGAUGAGAGAAAAACCAGGCAAUUUGUUGGAAUAUAACGCACUAGAAGUGAGGCCCUGAUGUCAAUUCAAAUUGCAACAGAUUUGGAAAAAAGAAGAGUGACGUAGGACUACUUGGCUUCAACAAUUUCCAUAUCUCUAUAGAUCUAAAUAGGGAAUCACAAAUAGUUAGAUUAAUCAAUUCCUGGACCAUUGUUUAAUGUCUCAGAACAUGCUUCCGGAAAAAUAUAGUGCUACAUUGAAAUAGAAAACAAUGAAAAGACUUCAAGACCAAAUGAAAUGGACUACUGAAAUAUAUCUUCAAGGAACCUUGCUUCAGUGGAAAUUGCCUAAGAAAAAUGACUUCUACAGCAAAGUUAAUGCUGCCAAAAUUGAUUAACAGUGAUAUGUUGUGAAAUUUGAAAAGAUGUCAAGAAGAUGUUUGUGUUAACAACAACUACACUAAUAAAAAAUCCCAUGGAGAAUCUUCGCUCUUCCUCUUCCUUCAGGACUUUGGAUGUAUCAACAGCUUCUGGAAUAGAUUAAACUAGUUUGUAGAAGGUUGUGGAGUGAUCCAACUUAAACUCUGAGUACUUUCAAGUAUUAAGUUUUCCUUUUGACAAGGCUUUCCAUGAAACUCAUUCUGACUAUCUUAGAGGCACAAUUGAUAACAAAAACCUACUGUGAGUUCUAAAAGAAAUGCAGAAAAUGGAAAUCGCUCAAAGAUGAUGAGGAAAAAGGCAAUUGAAGAAAAGUAUUAACAAGUAUCUCAAAGGAUGGAAAAUAUGAAAUAUUAAGUAUUAAGUUUUCCAUAGGACUUACUCUGGCCAUCUAGGAUGCACAAUUGAUAACUGUGAAAACUAAAGGAGAUGCUGAAAAUGUAAAUGAAGUGACCCAAAGAUAGUGAAGAAAAGUAUUUCAGAAGAUGGAAAAUAUUUCCAUAAGCCAAGCAAGAAUCAGAAAGGCAGUUUAUGGGCCUUGAAACCUUAUUCAGAAUAUCAGAAACCUCAAUAUGUGCUGCUUAAAAAAGUGGAUUUGAGAGGAACACAAAAACCACUUGUAUCAAACAUCAAGGCAAUGGCGAAAUAUCCUACUGCAAGAUUAGCCUCCGAGAUCCUAAAGCUCACAAGAAAUCAGAUAAGAAUUGUGAACACUGUACAUUGAGAAAACACUUAUAAAGAAGAACCCAUCUGUAGAUUACAACGAAAACCAAGAAUCAGCCUCUCAUGUCUUAUAGACGACUCAACACUUUUUUGAGGGGGAACCUGUUCACGAGAAGGGUUCCCUGAAUGCACCUGGGAAAGGUGUCACACCUAUUUUAGCAGAAAAUUACACAGCAAAAAAUAUAAGCUAACUAGCUGCAGUGUCAGGGAAUCACUAAACCUUGCCUUGCUGCCGUAUAUCAAGUCAAUCAAUUAUGUUUUCCAUAGGACUUAUUUUGACCAUCUUUGAGGCAAAAUUGAUAAUACUAACCCACUGAUUGUAACUGUGAGAACUAAAAAAGAAGCAGAUGAUGUAAUUGAAAUUGGCAGUUAAAAAGAAGCCAUUGAGAAGUUUAAAAACAUGAAUAUUUGCACCAAAUUUGUUUGUAGAAGCGUCUAAUGAAAGACUAAAACCACUAUAUUGAAAGAAGAAAUAUUGGAUGAUGUUCUUGGCAUUACAGAUUUAUUAAGAGAAAACAAAGCAGAAUAUUGGAAAUACUCUGACAUCUCAAAAUUACUGGAGGAAUUAUUGACUGAAAAUACACUUUUUGAAGCUCCACAUCUAUACAAAGCAAUUUUCCCUCAGAGAAACCUUCAAUUGACACAAAAUCCAAAUGGCUCAACUAUCAAAGCAAAUAUUUCCUGAUAAAAGUUUUUAUUUGUGAAUUGUUAACAGUUAUUCAUUGUUUGGAAAAUAAAGGGUGUGACACCUUUUAAAAUUAUGUUCCCAUUAUAAAUUAUUUAAGGCACAUUCGCCCCCUUUUGAAAGGGGGGCGAAAUCGUAUCCGCUAAAAAUCCCUUUUUCUGUGUUUAGCUACCGUCAAACCAUCGGCCUGGACUUCGUAACGAAAGAGUUGGCCUUUCGUACCGAAGAAGACUGUCUCGGGUUCCUAGAGCCUUUUUCAUUGGCGUUCGCUGACGCCACCCGGAAAUCGAUCGACUGCAAAAAUAGCAUGGCCGUUUUGGCAAAUAUCUAAAAGAUUUUUCCUCCUACCUACCUCUUCGCCCACCAAAAAGACAAUUUUUUUUGUGUGUGUGUGCAGCUGGGAUUGGAUUCUAAAACUGCGAAUUUUUCCCAAAAAGGCUAGUGAUAAGGGUUCAUGUCGUUUCGCUACUAAGUUCCAAUAUACCUUGUCUUGUUUGUUUUGGUUAUACAAAGUCUUUCGCACCCAUGACGGAUUUCCUAAUUGAAUCACAUAAAGCGACAAAAUGUCUUCAUCGAGGAAUUUUUGGUUCGCAGAUUUCGUUUGUCCAUAAUUAUUAUUAUUAUUAUUGAUUGAAUUAAUAUUGAUAUUUAUUGUGCUUAAUAAAUAAUUUUUUUUAUAAACA